AUGUGCAGCCAUUGGUCUCCCAGAAGCAUCAUCAUCGAAAUGGAUAGCCCAGACUGCACGCUCGAUAAUCUCCGACGCAUCGUGGGAUUCAACGGUCUUCGGGACUUCAACGACCUUGGCAAAAUGAGGCUAGACACUCUCCACAGUCGGAUCAGAGCCGUCAAUAAUAGGCUCUCACGAUACAAUGUCAUAUCCAUGUGCAUAAUUUGGCUUCAGACCAAGGCCUUGCAGGCACCGUUCUCGACACUUCCAUUCGAGACUUGGUGCACCGCCUUGGUAGACCAGCGAUGCAAGAAAGAGGAUGUCCUUAAUUUUUGGAAGUAUUCUCUUGAAAAUAUCUGGCUCUACCAUCAACGAUGCGAUCAAGGGUCAAAGAAACUAAUGAACAGGCUUUAUGGUGAGAUUAAAAGUCAUCUUUAUCAGGGCCAACCUUCCCCUGAUAAGAAGCGAGCGGGUGGUUCCAGUUCUUACCCUCAAGACGCAUUUUUGGGGAAGACUAUGGAUAACCACUGGGAGCCACCCCCUCCAGCUGUUUUUAAACACUCUGCUGCUGCGGUACGUUGCGCAGAGAAAGCGGUCAAUCUGGGCUGGGAGCCCGGUAAGAACCGGGAUGGUGUCUCUAGACACCAGACGGCAAAAUUGAGCUUGGAUGCGGAGCUCCUCAGGAAGCGAAUGUAUGAGCUUCGGGACCUUGAUAAGAAGCGUUGCCAGGAAGAGGAGGCGCAUGAGCAGGCUGCCCAGCAGGAAGGCAUUCUAAAGAACUUAGAAGCCUCCAAGGUCCCGGGCGGUCUUAGCUUGACAAAACCUCUUGCUAAAGAUAUUUGUCGGAGAUGCCACACGGCAGGGCAUGCUAUCUCCAAUUGUCCUACCAUCAACGACUCGUCGUGGGAUCCCCCUCCGCAUCCGAGAUAUAUUUGCGCUAUUUGCGGAGUAUCCGGCUCUCACUAUGUCUGGGACUGCGAGUGGCAUCGGCCCAAUACCCAAUGGAGCACAUACAGCAAGAGGAAUCAGUCUGCUACCGAAAGCAGCACGCAAGUCCUUUCCCAGGUGUCUCCUCAUCCAACAGAAGUUAUGAUGGGGGAUUUGCCGACGAAGCCGACGCCUCCAAAACAUUCUGAUGAUUUGUUUCCGUCGGUCAACAUGGAACAGAGUAAACUGGCCCUUCGCCCCCGUGUUCCCGAUGGUUUGGACUGUGGGCCACGGAGUCGCCCCAGCGUGAGUAUUAAGUCUGAAAAGAGUCGCCAACGAAGUAUUCCCCAUCAUGAAUUUGGUCGCUUGUCCCCUUGGGAGGAGGACAAAUGUGACUCGUUGGAUGAAGAGGGACAUGUUGGAGAAACAGUGGACAACGAAGCAGGCGAAGUUGCUUGCCAAACCGCAGAUGAUUUUUUGUCCAAGUUUGGGCUCGCACUCAAGAGAAAAUUUAAUAGAACGUUUUCUCCUGAAGGUUUGAUUUGUCUAGGUAAUGAGCCGAUGACCAAGAAGCUCAGAAUAGACCUUGAAGAUGGCGAAGUGUUGGAUGGCAGCCAUUUGCCAUCCCUUUUGACCAGCGGGACACCCAUUCCGGGUGCAAAGGACAUAGACGGGAGCUUCGUUCUGGGACCAAAGCCGAGUGGUCCUUCUCCUUCUGAGAGUACAGAAUCGAUGACUUCCGCCAGUUCUCUUGGCCGGAGCCCAAGUGUCCAUGACCUGUUUCCGAAUCGAGAGUGGGAGCACACUACUCAUGAGGCACGGCAAACGGCAAUGGAGCUGUGGCAGAGCAGCAGUGACAAGAUUGAACUUACUACCAGAGCCGAAAAUGAGGCUCCCUUGGUCGCAGUCAUGCUGGAGGGAAGUCAUGGCGCCAUUGACCAUUCCAUUGCAAUUGAAGGCAAUAAGAAUGGUGCCGCGGCUGGCGGCAUUGCGGAAGGGGAGGAAGAUGACAGCAUUUCCUCUAUAACAAGCCUGUCUGGUGCAAACAAGGAAAGUGAGGAGCUUGAUGGUGUUGGGCAUGCUGCUGCGUGCAAGUUGCACCACAAUAACGGUGAAGCUUUUUGUUCUGCCAGCAUCGAGGUGAAGCAGGUUGGCGACACGACUGAUCCUCUAGUUGCAGCUGAAGACAAGAAGAGCAACGCCGCAAGUUUUGGCGCUGUUGAGGAAAAGGAAGAGCGGAGCGCAUCUGCGACAAAGACUCUUGUUGCAGAUGAGGAGGUCCGGGGGCGAAGCAGUAUUGGGCAAGCCAUUGCAGAUAGUCUGCACCAGAGUGAUGUAGCUAUUCAGCCCCUUGAUGUCUCGGCGAAGCAAGAUGGAAGCGGCUAUGGACUUUGUGAGCAUAUCGAAGCCUUGGGUUGA